AUGUCCAAAAUGGUACUCAUCGAUCCAGAUUGGCAGCAUAAGGACAAAGAACUCCCUUCAAGAUUUGUAGUGAAGAUUCUCAGCCAGCUUGCCAUGCAGAAAGCCUCCGCUGAAAUGUGUGAGAUGAAUAAAAUGGACAACACCUUCAGCGAUCCAAAAAUGAUGGAGGAAAUGGCAGAACUGCAAAAAAUUUGUCACAAUGCCGAAGUAAGAACCUACAAUCAUUUCAUGAAGCUCCCUGAGGGAAAGGUACACAUUCCGAAGAUCUACUACAUGAGACUGUUCACAGAAUGGAAUCCCGUCAAAGGAUACAUAAUCAUGGAAUACCUGGAGAAUUUGAGAAGCAGUACAUGUGUACGAAAACGUAGCGCCGAAGGAUUUGAAGGAGAUUCUACGACAUAA